AAAUACACACUAUCAAAACUGAAUUAGAAGAAAUUAAUAAAAGUCUCUUUUAACUCUCUCUCGGUCUCAGCCACUUCAAUAGCACCACCUUCAUCCACGGAGGGAAACUAAAAGACUAUGGAGAGAAUGGACGUAAGUUCUUCAAUAUUUAACACCAAGAACCAAAAGUUUAGCAAAGAACAUGAUGUGGGUGAAGGUGAAAAUAGAAUAGGCAAUCUGGCAGAUGCAAUUGUUCAACACAUCCUGUCCUUCCUUCCAACAAAAGAUGCUGCUAAAACUAGUGUACUAUCAAAUAGGUAGAAAUACCUAUGGUUGUCAGUCCCAGUUCUUGAUUUUCAUGAUGGGGCAUAUCAUUUUACUGAUGCUGAAGAGCCACCACAUAAAAGGAAGCUCUUUAUGGAUUUUGUGGAAAGAGUUCUUUUGCUUCGUGAACCCUCAACCAUAACAAACUUCUCACUCACAUGCAAUGUUCUAUCUGAUUCGUCUCGCGUUACUACGUGGAUAUCUGCUGCAGUGAAGCAUAAGGUUCAAGUAUUAAAUAUUCGCCUUUAUAAAAUUGGAGAACCAUUCAUGUUGCCUAGUUUCCUUUUUAAUUGUGAAUCAUUACAAGAGUUACAUCUCAACAUGUUCAAUCUUCUUGAGCUUCCUUCUUUUGUAUCAUUCUCAAAUCUCAAGAUCUUGACUCUUAUCCGCAUUGUAUUUCCGGAUGAUCAUUCAGCACAAAAGCUCUUUAAAGUUUGCUCCAUCUUGGAGGAGUUGUACUUAAUUUUUUGUAGUUGGGAGAAUGUCAAGGCUGUUUGUAUUUCCAGUCCCAAGAUUCAGAAAUUGUACAUACAAGAAAAAGAUCCUUCAUAUUGUACUGAUACGGAAGACGAGGAUGGUGAGAAUAAUUCAGUUGACCAGAAUAAUGAUUCAGAUAAUGAGAGUGAUAACAUAGAUCAUCAGAAUAGUCCGGUUUACCUAAAUGAUGACAUAGAUGACGUAUAUAGUUCAGAUGAACAAAGUGAUGAUGCAGAUGAUCAAUGUGAUUCAGAUGGUUGUCAGUUUGCGGUUUUUGGGACUAGUCUGAAGUAUUUUUCUUACAUGGGUGAUUUUGUUCAUGGUUGUCACAUUCAAGACUCAUCCUCAAUCGUUGAAGCACAUCUUCAGGCAUAUAAUGGAGACAGAAAAAUUGGUUAUCGUACAUUGAAGCUCCUUUGGGGACUCUCUAAUGCCAAGAGCCUAGAACUAGAUGACAAUGCAGUUGAGUCUCUUGCUGAUGCAGACGAAUUAUUAGACCAUCUGCCUAUGUUUUAUAGUUUGACUCAUAUACAUAUUGAUUGGGUGGUCUUGAUCUACAAAGAACAACGUGAAGCACUACUGACCAUACUCCGGAAGUCACCUUGUCUUUCUUCCCUUAAGUUUGAAGGGUUGUCAUGCAUGCUCUGCUAUUCUGGAACAUAUGAUUGGACUUUGGAUCCUGUGCCUGGAUGUUUCUUGACACACCUCAAGACCAUUGAAAUCUCUAUGUUUAAUGGAUCAGAAAUUGAGCUACUUGCAGUUAAGAUUUUGCUUAAAAGUGCAACAAUCUUAGAGAAGAUGGUUAUUUCCUUUAAUCCCUGGGAAUUUGAAGACGCAGAUGGCUUAAAGAAGCAACAGGAGGUUCAGGAACAAAUACUAUCUUUUCCUAGAGGGUCCUCAAGUUGUCUUAUAGCUAUAUCUUGUCCACCGAAGAAGAAGAAAAUCAUUGAGUUCUGUUAACCCUUCUGAUGGUUCCAACUCUUCAAAUAAGAACAUGGCUGGCUAUUUCAUGGUAUAACAAAAUUGAAUGACAUGUUAGGCAUCUACGUUUUCACAUGCUAGGUCUGUAAAUUACUGUUAUGGAAUUCUCUUCUUUGCUGGAUUGAAAAUUAAUUUUAAGAUCCUCCAACCA